CGCCCUGGCAACAGCAAACGCCCCGAUCGUGCUAGUGCUGCAAAUUAACCGCGCCGUCGCGUGGGAACAGCAAGUCUCCGCAUUCCUUGGUCAUUGGCGAAAAAAGGCCCGCCACCGAAAUAUCCUGGCAGCUGGAACUCGAACAUCGUCCAGACUCCAUUAUUUCCUGCUCGAGGCCACAGCUCCCAGAUUCAUUCAUGGACCAUCUCUCCGGUGCUGGCUGACCGGAGGAUGGUGUGUUUCCCACCGCACUCCGCUCCGCGACCAUCUUCCCUGCCACCCUCCCCAUUCACCUCGCGCCUUCGGUGCUCGGUGUGCCGCCAUGAGUUCCCAACCACCCACCCAGGCUCAGCUGAAUCUAGCUGCCCUCGCCGGAUCACCAUCACCUCGGACAAUGCGAGGUCUGCGUAAGAUCCAAUCUCAUCACGACCUCUCGUCCGGUCCUCCUCUGUCUCAGAUUUCGUCCGCCCGUUCCUCCGCAGGACCCGACGAGCUUUCCAAACCAACUCAACUAGACUCCCCUGUCCGGCUCCGAACCCAUCGGCGCGCGCGAUCGAACAGCGAUGCCUCUUCGCGCGAAGCUCCAGCGAUUCCAACAGUACGGCGGCCGGGGAGAAAGACAGGGUCUGGCUUUGGGGUAAAACGAUCGCUCCUGGAGACGCUACUGCGAGACGGGCCUCAGCAGGGCAACGUUCAGGAGGCGCUUCAGGAACUGCGAUAUCUAGUUUUGUCUACACGAGUCGAAGCAGACGGCGAUGGCAUGUCAACAUAUAGAGUCUACUUAUGGCUGAUCCUGCUCGAUAUCCCUCCCUUUCCUACUGAUCACUAUCUAUCCCUCAUCCAUCGCGGCCGCUCUCCCGCGUAUGCCAAAAUCCGCAAUGAUACAUUCCGCACUCUAGCCACAGAUCCACUCUUCAAACGCCGGGUCACAGAAGCUAGUCUCAUUCGGCUUCUGAAUGCAGUCGCAUGGAUAAUUCACGAUGCGAAGAACAAGCACAAGCCCAAGUCCCGGCCCUCGUCCCGCAGACGGGAGAUGGAAAUGCUCAUCAAUACGCCCCCGAGUAUCGCAGAGGAAGAGCCAUCUGCAGACGACAUGACACCCAACAGCCUCAUCAGCAGCAAUAGCAGCGCAGCUCCAAUCAGUCCGGGAAUCACUAGCGAGACAGCAGUCUACGUGCAAGGCAUGAACGUAUUAUGCGCGCCUUUUCUCUACUCAGCGCGCAGCGAAGUCGAAGCCUUUGCCCUCUUCCACAACUUCAUCACGCGCGAGUGUCCCGGGUAUAUCCGCGGCGCCAUGGACGGCGUCCAUCGAGGUCUUGUCCUUGUAGACCGAUGCCUCGAGAUCGUGGAGCCGAAACUCGCAGCCUAUCUCUUCUCCAAGGGACUCCAGGCGAAACUAUACGCCUUCCCCUCUGUCCUGACGCUUUGUGCCUGCACGCCUCCGCUCCCCGAAGUCCUCCACCUCUGGGACUUCCUCUUCGCCUACGGCCCACAUCUAAACAUUCUCUGCAUCGUGGCGCAACUAAUCCAGAUGCGAGACACCCUCCUCAACAGUCCAAGCCCAAACAAAAUACUCCGAUCCUUCCCGCCCCUCAACGCAAAAGAGAUCAUUGCCCUGACUGUUCUGAUCGUCCGCAAGAUUCCCGAACCACUCUAUGCCGAACUGAUUGACCAUGCCAAAUAGUGCAUGCGCGAUUAAUCACAGAUUCACAGUCCUUUUACCCGCAUUCUAUCGGUUCGAACGCUAAUUCCUCAUCCUUACACGUAUUGUAUUAUUUUAUCCUUAUUUCCGGCCUACCUCUUAUGCUUUAUCUGAUCCUUCAGUUAGCAGUGUUUCGGUCUUCCUGCAUGGCGUUAUUGUUCUGUUUUGCUUAUUCUUCUUCUCCUUCUUUUUUUUUUCGUGAUUUGGUAUGCAUCGAGGGAUUGGUUGACUGUACGAGGUACUGCACUGAUGAGAUGAGCCCAUGAUACAUAACAACGACUGGUCUGGUUAUGGGAUAUAUUGCCGGCCUAUUGACCGGAGAAGGACCCGGAGGAACGAUUAAUGAUUGUGUGGAUGGAUCAUGAUGUACUCUGUUUGUGAGGUACUUGACUUAUGUAUUAGGUGCGAUGACUGAUGAAUGAUAUGAUAUGAUUUGGUUGCUUUAGGUUGCAUUCUCGUGCCAUUGCUCUAUGAAAUUAAGUCGAGAACUGGACUCGUGGACUCGAAUCUCCCACGAGAGCAUCCUGCAUAGCAUCCGCCCACUCACUCCUCUCCCCUCUUUAACUAUCUUACCAUCAGCAUAUCCGCUAUCGACAACCGAAAUCGAUUAGAAGACACCAGUAUUGCUCAAGGUACAUAGUUCAGUUUUACUAGAGUAGUGCUAGCAGCAGCCAAGGAAGCUAUUCAUAUACAAGCCAAGUACGGAGUACAUGUCCUUCCUCCG